AUGUUAAGCAAAUUAGCAAGAAUUUCUCAUUUUAGGCUUUUUUUUGCAUUUUGUGAUUAGAAGCCACCAUAAGGUAUUCAUAAUUAUAAUGAAAGGCUUUGAAAAAUUCAAGAGAAAACCUAAAUAAUCAAAUGAACCAUCUGAAUAGAAAAUCGAAAAUAUUUAAGAAGAGAAAGUUUAAGAAAAUAAAUAAAACAAAAAAUAAGAGGAAAAUAUUAAAAGGGAACGACCAAUAGAGCCUUAAUUUGAAUAGCCUAAAUAAGAUUAAUAAUAAAAUAUAAAUAAAAGAUUUUCACAAGAAUAAUACAAAUUUUCUAAGCGAGAGAAUACAAAUAAUUUUGGAGAAAAGCCAAAACCAACAACACCAUCAUAAGAUGUAUUUAUGCAAUAAUAUUUAGCCUAAUGAUCAAUUCAAGUAGUAUUUGUUUAUGUUUUUGGCAUCUGUACCUCUUGCUUAUUUAGUAUAUAAAGCUUAUGAAGAAGGAGAAAACUAUAUAUCAUUUAAUGAAUUUCAAAGAGGUUAUUUGGAAAAAAAAUUUGUGAUUUCCAUACAAGUUGAAAAAAUAAAUGGGGAAAUCAUUGCAAUUAUAUACACAAUAGAAGGAAAGAAAAAAUUAAAAAUUAUGGAUUUAGAUUACUUUCUUUAAAAAAUUGAUGAUUUAAAAAAUGAAUAAUAAAUACCCAUUUCCUUUUAAAAUCAAGAUGAAACUUAAGAAACUACAGCAAAUAUUACUAAAUAUGCUUCAAUAUUAUUUUCUGGUGGACUAUUCUUUAUUAUGUUCUAAAUUUAUAAAAAUAUGACAAAAAGUCUUUCAGGUAUGGCUGGUGAUAUGAUGGGUGGUAUGUCUAAAAUGAAAUCUAAAUAAUUUGAAUAAAAAAUUAAAAUAAAAUUCAAAGAUGUUGCAGGUUAAGAUGAAGCAAAAGGAGAAAUAAAAGAAUUUGUAGAUUUCUUAAAAGCACCAAAUAAAUAUAAGAAAUUAGGAGCUAGAAUUCCAAGAGGUGCUUUAUUAACAGGACCUCCUGGAACUGGAAAAACCUUAUUAGCUAAGGCUUGUGCUGGUGAAGCAGGAGUGCCUUUUUUCUAUGUAAGUGGAUCAGAAUUUGUUGAAAUGUAUGUUGGUUUAGGAGCAGCAAGAGUUCGUGAACUCUUUAAAUAAGCUAAAUCUAAAGCUCCAAGUAUUGUCUUUAUUGAUGAAAUCGAUGCUGUUGGAAAGAAAAGAAAUUCAAAGGGUUCAAAAAAUGAAGAAAGGGAUAAUACUUUAAAUUAACUUUUAGUAGAAAUGGAUGGUUUUGGAACUGAUAGCACUGUUGUUGUAUUGGCUGCCACUAAUAUGAGAGAUUCUUUAGAUACUGCCUUGACAAGACCUGGAAGAUUUGAUAGAAAUAUUGAAAUCACAUUGCCAGAUAUAAAUGGAAGAAAAGAGAUAUUUUUAGUACAUUUAAAACCAAUUAAAUUAGAUCCAUCUAAAACUAUAGAAGAAUAUGCAAAAAGGUAAUUAUUUAAAUUAAAUAAUUAUAGAUUAGCAACAUUAACACCUGGUUUUUCAGGAGCUGAAAUAGCAAAUCUUUGUAAUGAAGCUGCUAUUUUAGCUGCUAGAUAGAAUAGUAAAUAUGUUACAUCAUUUCAUUUUGAAUAAGCAUCUGAAAGAGUGAUGGCUGGAUUAGAAAAGAAGAAAUUUAUGAGUGAGGAAGAAAGAAAAAUUGUUGCUUUUCAUGAAAGUGGUCAUGCUGUAGUAAGUUGGUUUUUAGCUGGAGGAGAUCCUUUAUUAAAAGUAUUAAUCUUUUUAAUAUUAAGCUUACAAUUAUACCAAGAUCUAAAGGAUCUUUAGGUUAUGCUUAAUAUUUACCAAAUGAGAGUAAUCUUUAAACUAUGGAAGAAUUGAAAGACAAAAUUUGUUGUGUUUUAGGUGGCAGAAUUUCUGAGAAUUAUUUCUUUAAAUCUAUUACUACUGGUGCUAGUGAUGAUCUCAAAAGAGCUUAUGACUAUGCUAAUGCCAUUAUAACUAAAUUUGGUAUGAAUGAAACUAUUGGACAAAUUGGAUAUUAAGAUGAUUAAUAUUCUAAGGAUUAUAGUGAUAAAACUAAUGAAGUAAUUAAAAAUUCUAUUUGAUAGAUAAUAGAUGAAGAGAUGUAAAAACUUAUAUAUCAAUGUACUCAAAGAACUGAAGAAUUAGUGAAAAAAUAUGAAGAUAAAAUUAAAGCUCUUGCUGAAUUGCUCUUAGAGAAGGAAUCAUUAGAUUUAUAAUAAAUAAUUAAUUUACUUGGAGAAAGACCUUUUCCACCAAAAUCAAAUUAUAAGGCUUAUUUGGAUUUGAAGAAGGUUGAAUAAACUGAGAUCAAAAAUGAAAUACCAUAAAAGUAAGAUGAAUAAUAAUUAUCUUAAUCAGAAAAAAAUGA